UGUCUCUCGCGAGACUUGGCGCUUCCGUUACAAGCCGCCCCAGUUGAGCGGCCCACUUCUCGCGAGGCUGCAGGCAGGGCUGGGCCCGACAUGGCGGAAGAGGAGGUGGCCAAGUUGGAGAAGCACUUGAUGCUUCUCCGACAAGAGUAUGUCAAGCUGCAGAAGAAACUGGCAGAAACAGAGAAGAGAUGCACUCUUUUGGCCGCACAAGCUAACAAGGACAGCAGCAGCGAGUCCUUCAUCAGCCGCCUGCUGACGAUUGUGGCAGACCUCUAUGAGCAGGAGCAGUAUAGUGAUCUGAAGAUAAAGGUUGGGGGCAGGCACAUCAGUGCUCACAAGUUUGUCCUGGCAGCCCGCAGUGACAGCUGGAGUCUGUCCAACUUGUCUUCCACCCAGGAGCUGGACCUGUCAGAUGCUAACCCUGAGGUGACAAUGACAAUGCUUCGUUGGAUCUAUACGGAUGAGUUGGAGUUCAGAGAAGAUGAUGUGUUCCUGACCGAACUGAUGAAACUAGCUAAUCGGUUCCAACUCCAGCUCCUUAGGGAGAGAUGCGAGAAGGGCGUUAUGUCUCUGGUGAAUGUCAGGAACUGCAUUCGCUUCUAUCAGACUGCGGAGGAGCUGAACGCCAGCACACUGAUGAACUACUGUGCAGAAAUUAUUGCAAGUCAUUGGGAUGACUUACGGAAGGAGGACUUCAGCAGCAUGAGUGCUCAGUUGUUAUACAAAAUGAUCAAAUCCAAGACUGAGUUUCCAUUACAUAAAGCCAUCAAAGUGGAGAGAGAAGAUGUUGUCUUCCUCUAUCUAAUUGAAAUGGAUUCACAGCUCCCUGCGAAGCUGAAUGAAGUGGAUCAUAAUGGAGAUCUUGCUUUAGAUCUAGCCCUUUCUCGACGACUAGAGAGUAUAGCCACCACUCUGGUUAGUCACAAAGCUGAUGUGGACAUGGUAGACAAGAAUGGUUGGAGCUUGUUACAUAAAGGAAUCCAAAGAGGGGACCUCUUUGCUGCCACUUUCCUCAUUAAGAAUGGGGCUCUUGUCAGUGCUGCUACCUUGGGUGCCCAGGAGACACCACUGCAUCUCGUGGCAUCGUACAGUUCAAAGACACACUCAGCAGAGGUGAUGUCUGAGGUGGCGCAGAUCGCAGAGGCCCUCCUGCAAGCUGGUGCCAACCCCAACCUGCAGGACAGCAAGGGCAGGACUCCUCUGCACUUGUCCAUCACGGCCAGGAACGAACACGUGUUCAAUCAGCUGCUGCAGUGUAAACAAUCAGAUUUAGAGCUGAAAGACCACGAGGGCAGCACAGCUCUGUGGCUUGCGGUGCAGUAUAUCACUGUGUCUUCUGACCAGGCUGUAAACCCCUUUGAAGACACCCCUGUAGUAAAUGGAACUUCCUUUGACGAAAACAGCUUUGCAGCUAGGCUCAUUCAGCGAGGCAGCAACACUGAUGCACCUGAUAAAGUGACAGGAAAUUGCUUACUACAGCGGGCAGCUGGAGCAGGAAACGAGGCAGCAGCGCUUUUCCUGGCGACCAAUGGUGCCCAUGUCAACCACAGAAACAAGUGGGGAGAGACUCCGCUGCACACAGCCUGUCGGCAUGGCCUGGCCAGCCUUACUGCAGAGCUGCUGCAGCAAGGUGCCAACCCAAACCUACAGACGGAGGAGGCGCCACCUUUGCCAAAGGAGGCCGCGUCCCUGACGAGCUCAGCAGACAGUGUCUAUCUGCAGACGCCACUGCACAUGGCAAUUGCUUACAAUCAUCCAGAUGUGGUGUCCGUCAUUCUGGAGCAGAAAGCCAAUGCUCUUCAUGCCACCAACAACUUGCAGAUUAUUCCGGACUUCAGCCUCAAGGAUUCCCGGGACCAGACUGUUCUGGGCCUGGCAUUAUGGACUGGCAUGCACACGAUUGCAGCCCAACUUCUGGGCUCCGGGGCUUCCAUUAAUGACACCAUGUCAGAUGGGCAGACCUUGCUGCACAUGGCCAUUCGACGGCAGGACAGCAAGAGCGCCCUCUUCCUUCUGGAGCAUCAGGCAGAUAUAAAUGUCAGCAGGACUCAGGAUGGGGAGACAGCCCUUCAGCUGGCCAUCAGAAAUCAGCUUCCGCUUGUAGUGGAUGCUGUGUGCACCCGGGGAGCCGACAUGUCUGUGCCUGACGAGAAGGGGGAUCCCCCGCUGUGGCUCGCCUUGGCCCGUGGUCUGGAGGACAUCGCGUCCACUUUGGUCAGACAUGGUUGUGAUGCCACGUGCUGGGGUCCAGGACCUAGUGGGUGCCUCCAGACACUCCUGCACAGGGCCAUUGACGAAAACAACGAGUCCACCGCCUGCUUUCUCAUUCGCAGUGGCUGUGAUGUAAAUAGUCCCAGACAGCCAGGUGCAAAUGGAGAAGGAGAAGAAGAAGCCAGAGCUGGGCAUACCCCCUUGCAUUUGGCAGCCUCUUGGGGACUGGAAGAGACGGUACAGUGUCUCCUGGAGUUUGGUGCCAAUGUAAAUGCACAGGAUGCAGAAGGAAGAACGCCUGUCCACGAGGCCAUCAGCAACCAACACAGUGUCAUCAUUCAGUUGUUGAUUUCGCACCCUGAUAUCCACUUGAAUGUUCGAGACAGACAAGGGCUAACACCUUUUGCCUGUGCCAUGACUUACAAGAACAACAAGGCAGCCGAAGCCAUCCUAAAGCGAGAAUCCGGGGCUGCUGAGCAGGUGGAUAACAAGGGCCGGAAUUUUCUCCAUGUGGCGGUUCAGAACUCUGAUAUUGAAAGUGUCCUGUUCCUCAUCAGUGUCCAGGCUAACGUGAAUUCCAGAGUCCAGGACGCUUUCAAGUUGACUCCUUUGCACCUAGCUGUCCAAGCGGGCUCAGAGAUUAUUGUCCGCAACCUGCUUCUUGCAGGGGCCAAAGUGAAUGAAUUAACCAAGCACCGCCAGACCGCCCUCCACCUUGCUGCCCAGCAGGACCUUCCUACCAUCUGCUCUGUCCUCCUGGAGAAUGGAGUGGACUUUGCAGCUGUGGAUGAGAAUGGAAAUAAUGCUCUUCAUCUCGCUGUCAUGCACGGCCGGCUCAACAACAUCCGAGUCCUCCUGACAGAGUGCACUGUGGACGCAGAAGCCUUUAACCUAAGAGGCCAGUCACCACUGCACAUUCUGGGACAAUAUGGCAAAGAGAACGCAGCAGCCAUCUGUGACCUCUUCUUGGAGUGCAUGCCUGAGUAUCCGCUAGAUAAACCGGAUGCAGAAGGAAACACAGUGCUGCUCUUAGCAUACAUGAAAGGGAAUGCCAACUUGUGCCGUGCCAUCGUCCGAUCUGGGGCUCGCCUCGGAGUGAACAAUAACCAAGGAGUCAACAUUUUCAACUACCAGGUUGCUACCAAGCAGCUUCUAUUUAGACUGUUAGACAUGCUGUCCAAGGAGCCUCCGUGGUGUGAUGGCUCCAACUGCUACGAGUGCACUGCCAAGUUUGGAGUCACAACUCGCAAACAUCACUGUCGUCACUGUGGACGUCUUCUUUGCCAUAAAUGCUCGACCAAGGAGAUUCCUAUUAUAAAGUUUGAUCUGAACAAGCCUGUGCGAGUUUGCAACAUUUGCUUUGAUGUACUGACUCUGGGUGGGGUCUCAUAGUGAGCUUCCGGGAGGAUCCAGGCCACGUCCCCGGUCGUCUCCCCAGCAGCUGCUCUGCUCACCAGCCUGCCCCAACCCAGAGCAGGAGCUGGGGGCCGUCUUCCUGAGGCAACAGACUGGAACAAUUAAGGACCAUGGUGUGAUAGAUCCCAUUUCAAAUAGUUCUGUAUGACUGUCAGUGUGUCAGACUGUGAUGGAUUUCACUAGAUAUCUCACUAACUGGACCAGACCACUUAGCCUGUGUGGUAAGUGUGAUAGGCAUUAGACCUCAUUCUGCUAGCAACAUGUCAGGACACCUCUAAGACCAUUUCCCCUGCCGUAGCUCAGUGUCCCGUCUCCGAGGAGCCACAAAGUCUUCCUGGCUGGGUGGAGUUGCUAGGCAGAGCCUUCCAGAGCAGGAAGCCUGCAUUUGGCUGUGCACUGAGCACUGCUUUACUCCAGGGUGAGUGGCUGUGGACUUUUCUGCACAGUGUUUUCCUAAAGAUUAGAGGAUCCUCUUCCCCUGAAUUUUUUGUUUUUUGAAAAGCUAAGCUGUAUUUUUAGUGAGCAAUCCCUUUAAAAAAGGUGAAAUCUUUCUAAACAGGGUUCAAAGAUAAGAGCUGAAAAAUUGUGGCCUUAACAACUGAAAGCUUUACCAGUGUUCAUGCUCCCGAGGUGGCGGGAGCACAGUGCAGCAGCGGGACGCCUCUCGUGUCCUGGGGUGGACUCCUCAGUCACUGCCACUAGGGUGGAGGAGGAAUUGCACUUUUACUGUGCUGCACUUUUUAUACAGCUGCCUUGUUGGUGAUUCCAAUUGAAAACCCAUGUUCAGAAACACCCUCACACGUCCGUGCGUCAGUGAUUCUAGUGGUCAGCUUUGACUGGAUCUCAGCUCACACCGCGUCUUAAAAGAAAAGCUCCUGCAGCGUGUUAUCUGGAGCAAGGGAUUCACACAGGCCAAGUCAUAAGAUGGGGCUUCAGCAGGGCUUCAGCCCAAGGGCAUCUCCAGCCUUGGGCUGGCAGGUCCUGUCUUCUUAACAAUGAAUGCUUCUUGCUGGAACCUUCCCUAGUUGAGCUGUGAGUGCUGUUAGUCCCAGCUCUGUGUAGUCUGCCCUGCCCCGUAGGAGCCAACAGCUGAAGGCAGGCCCUGGCCAAGAGUGUGCCGACGCUGUUUUGGAAGGCUCUGGCUUGUAUGCUCGGUGAGGCUCCUGAGCUUGUUGGGCCUUAGUCGCUGCUAGUACAUUUAUUAACCCUGAGGUGUUAAACUUCCUUUCUGUUGAAGGUUUGGCCAGUUUUUAGAAAAUGUACAUUUGAAGAGAAACUUCUACCACCGCUUUUAAAAAAAAAAACUCAGAUGAACAAUAUGUGUUGUACAGUUACACUCAUAGAUUAUGUAAGAGUCUCAAUCAUAGAUUUUUUUCAGACAUUUAAUAACCACUACUUUUUUUUUUUGGCAUUAAUGAAGUAUGGAUGUACUUGUAAAAGGGACUAAAUAUUUUUUUGCAACAGCCUGUUACUUUUGUUUCUUUUUUGAAUAGCAGUAUGCCCUCUAUGUUGCUAUAGAUUUAUACAUUCUAUGCCUAAAAUGUGUGUGUAAAAUGAGCUGAAUCAGACUGCUACUUUUUUUCCCCAGUAUUUCUGUGAUAAGAUACAUAUGCUUUCUGUGUUAACAUGAGCUUGUGCACAAUGUUUAAAAGAAAAAUAUUAAUUAGAAGUGUUUCCCUCGCCCCCCAAAUCUGGGACAUAUUUCAUAUAAAUUUUUACAAAAGAACCGAACUAGCAAAGGCAAACAUUUGACCGUGUAAGGCACGUGGUCAGUUUCCAUUUUCUGUUGCCUGAGAAGGGCCAUGAGAAGUAGGGCUUAAUUAAGUGGCUUGAUUCUUUAAUUGGCAAGAUAAUUACGUUUCAGAUAUAAACAGAAGUGGUCGAUAGAUUGGUACCUGUUCUGUUAAUGUUCACGGGAGGACGGAAAUCCAAUCAGGGACAAGGCUGAUUGUCCUGCCCGUGUGCUACCACACCAGUCUCAGUCACAGUCUUGCCUAUAAUUGCACUUAAAAUCUUAAGAUCAUGUUUAAAGUACCUUGAGUCAAGCUUAUUCAGAUGCAAGGACAGCUAUGGUACUGAACAGCCCCGUACUGGGGGAACGUUUUGUGAGUUCUGCAUUGGCUUCCGGGUGCAUCCUUGCAGACAGAGACAAGGCAUCGCUCCACCUUCUUAGGAAAUCUCCUUGACCAUGCUGAUGCUCCCUGAGUGGUGGCCUGGCUGAGACUAGACAUGCUCUGUGCUCUCCAGGCUGUCAGCUCUUGACUGCAAAACUGCCUACCUGUUCUUGUUCAAUUUCUAUCAGUAGCUUAAAUACUGGUAGCAAAAACUUAAUUUUAUUCAUUCUUAAAGUUGCCAAUUGUGAAUGGGUAGAGCAGGAAGAAUAAACUUGACCGAGACAUUUGCUGCAUCCUUCAACACUGUUCUGCUUAAUUAGCUUGUUAACUGUCUCUUGCUCACCACUAGGUUAGACAGUGUAGUCUUAAGUCAUUUUUUUAAAAACAAAGGUACAAACCAUGUGCUAUAUACAAAUCGAAUGGCAUAAACCAACUUGCUAGGAUCCUCUAACACAGGAAUUUCCCACAAACUGAAGUGCCUACACUUAGGACCUAUUACUUCUCAGUUAUCUUUUUAGUGGUGUCUCACUGAAUGAUGUAUUACAACUGUGUUUCAUUUGGAGUUUUCUGCCUAUGCUCUGUCAACCCCAAUUACCAACUUAGUUGAGGCUGGAUUAGAUUGCUUGGUUCACUUGCCGUAUUCUCUCCAGGAGUGGGAUCCACGUGACUUUUAGUCCUCUACCUCAGAGCCCUGAGUCAUCAAUGACCACCCCGUUCAGCUUCCUCAGUCUCCUCCCUGGAUGGGGUCCCUGCAUGGAGCUCAGUGUGCAUGUGGCUUCACCACUUUUCCCGACUCAUGUUGCAUACCUGUUGUAUUGAACGUUAUCGUGUUAGUCUUGUCCAUAGGCGUGGAGUGGAGGGAAAGUCUUGGGGAGGGGGUAGAGCCUUGAUCUUCAUCUAGGUUUCUUUUAUCUGGAGAAAAAGAACACUUUUAAACUAUGUAAUGCUUAGACCUGAAAGGCAAACUGCCUACCAAGGUAAGGUUAUAGCUUCCAUGACAGAUCUACUUGGAACUCACAGGUCAAGGGAGCUCCCGAAACACAAGCUUUCUUCUAGGGUCUGGGGUUGCUUCCCUCAGGACAAGCCCCAGAACUGGCACAGUGCUGGCAAGCCCAGUCCCUCUCAGCCUGAAGCACCAAAGCUCCCCGCCCCCAGCCCAGGAGAGAGGAAGCAGAGGGGAUACAGCUCUCCAAAGGGAUCUGAAAGCCACGUUCUCACUUCGCGGAAGGAACUUAGUGAAUAGGUGAUUGUUUGACAAGAUAUUAACUAAGCGGUCUUACCUUACUAAAUUCCCAGACGUUAUCAUAGAUGCCUUAAAGACUUUCGUUGGAAGAUCAUUGCCUGUACAGUUCCUUUUUUGUAUGGCAUAAAUGAUAUAUUAACCUGUUAAAACUGACAACAUGGUUUUCUGUAGCCAGGGAGUCUUGAAUUGGCAGACUGCUGUGGCUCAGUGACUUACUGUGUUGGCUCAUGUGUGGAGCUGGCUGUGACCGCGACAUACCUGAUGGGGCAUGCUGUGAUACCAGUGGGGAGGCAGGAGCUGGGCAGAACCUGCAGGCACACGUUCGGCUUCCAAACCGCUGAGCUAGUGCUCAGUGUGGGAUGGCAGCUUCACAGAGGACCAUGGCGCUUUUCAGCAUUGUUUCUUUGGAGUCCAUGUAAUGGAAUGUAUUUUUCAAAUAUUGGUAUUUGCAUUUUCUGUAACAAAUCCUUAUAAUAAAAUGAGCUGAAAUCGUG